UAAAUCAUCAUAAUGUAACCACUAAUUUUUCAUAAGAAAAUUGCAGCUAUAGAUGUAAUGAAAGUGAAAAUAUUGUAAUUUUAGUCACACUGCUCAAAUGAAGUAGUUAAUCAUUUUAUAAUUUAUUUAAAAAAAUGUUAGUGAAACCAUCCAUUAGGCAAUUUUCAUCAUGUUUGCAAAUAAUGCGAAGAAUUGCUCCCGAUGAGUUAAAAUCAAAGACUAAAAGUACAAGUUCUCAGCACUGGCUAUCGAGACAGUUGUCUGAUCCAUAUGUAGAAAAGGCAAAACUCAUGAACUAUAGAUGCCGAAGUGCUUUUAAGUUAAUUGAAAUCGAUGAUAAAUUUAAAAUUUUACAUCCAGGACAUACAGUUGUAGACUGUGGCGCUUCUCCCGGAUCAUGGACGCAAGUGGCAGUAAAACGAGUAAAUUCUGAUGGAAUGAAGACAGAUUUAUGCAAAGGAACAGUUUUAGCCAUAGAUCGGCAACAAAUUUAUCCUAUUGAGGGAGCGACGAUAUUCGGAAAUAUGGAUUUUACUGCGCUCGAGUCCCAAAAGAAAAUCGUUGGUUUCUUAAAUGGCAAAAAAGCAGAUGUCAUUGUAUCUGAUAUGGCAUCAAAUGCAACUGGAGUUCGUAGUUUGGAUAAUGAAAAUAUUAUAAAACUGUGCUACAUUGUUUUAAGAUUUGCUGUCCAGACAUCAAAAAAGGAUGCUUCUCUAUUAAUGAAGUUAUGGCAAUGCGGCGAGACAAAACAGUUAGAAAAUGAUAUUGCUAGAUUUUAUAAUAAUGUCAAAAUAGUUAAACCAAAUUCUAGUAGAUCAGAUUCUACAGAAAUCUUUUUGUUAGGGAGGAAUUUCAAAGGUCUAAAAAAUAACUAAAUUAUAGUAAGAA